CCAAAACAAAGAAAGAUAAAUCAAUGGGGAAGUUGGACUGGCAGAGUUCCUUCUGCCGAUCCCUUUCGGGGCGUCUGGCUCUCGAUAAAUAGCAGCCUGAGUUUGAUCCUUAGUGGUGGUGAGAGGAAGAGAGCGAGGAAGAUGGCAAGAGAAGGGGAGAAUGCUAACGCGAACGGGAGGCGAGAGAGGUCUAUGGAGGAGGGAGCCGCUGGUGAUGGGAGAGAAGAGGGCGUCAACCCUGACCAUGGAUAUGCGAGCUCUGCCGACAAAGGUUGUGGGUUGAGCUUAUCUAUUCCUUUCUUGCAGAAGAUCCUUGCUGAAAUAUUCGGGACAUACUUUCUGAUCUUCGCGGGAUGUGCUUCGGUCACUGUAAAUCUGAGCAAGGGAAUGAUCACCUUUCCGGGCAUCUGCGUCGUGUGGGGGCUCGCCGUCAUGGUCAUGGUGUACUCCGUCGGCCACAUAUCCGGUGCCCACUUCAACCCGGCCGUCACGAUCGCCUUCGCCACAUGCGGGAGGUUCCCAUGGAAACAGGUGCCAGCUUACGUUUUUGCUCAGCUUCUGGGCGCGACGCUGGCGAGCGGCACGCUGCGUUUGAUGUUCGGGGGGAAGCACGAGCACUUCCCGGGGACGAUACCGGCCGGCUCGGACGUGCAGUCGCUUGUUCUCGAGUUCAUUAUCUCGUUCUACCUGAUGUUUGUGAUCUCGGGAGUGGCCACCGACAACAGAGCAAUCGGAGAAUUGGCGGGGUUAGCAGUCGGAGCUACAAUCUUAUUGAAUGUGCUCAUCGCCGGGCCUAUCUCGGGAGCAUCGAUGAACCCGGCGAGGACGCUGGGGCCGGCGAUCGUGGCCAACCGGUGGGAGGGGUUCUGGGUCUACAUCGUGGGUCCCAUCUGUGGGACCGUGGUGGGGGCGUGGGCUUACAACCUCAUUCGCUUCACCAACAAGCCCCUCCGUGAGAUCACCAAGAGCGGCUCCUUCCUCAAGAGCUUCAGGAACAACUCCACCUGAUCUUUCAAGUGGGAGAAUCGUGUAUCGUGUUUGGUCAACUAGUUUUCGAGUGUGUUCAGAUCUAGUGGUUCCCACUUGAGGAUUUAAAGGUCAAACGUAGACGAUUUCUCGGUGGGCAUGGAAUGUAUCGUUAGCCAUACUCAACGGGGAAGUUUCCAGUCUUUGGGUGCAUCAA